AUGCAGGACAAAAACAUCACCAAAAAGGCUGAUACCGGUAUUCUGUUGAAAGAUGAGGAAUGGGACACUAUCCGUGAUUCAUCAGUGUUGCUAAAGCACUUUGCAGACACAACGACAUACUUAUGUGAAGAACGUGAUGUGUCUUGCUCUGAUACAUAUCCUAUUAUAUGUUCUCUAUUGAGCACUGUCCUGCCACCAACUGAAGAAGAGAGCAACAUGAUCAAGAAGGCGAAGGAGUUAUUGCGUGAGCAGCUCAUUACGAGGUUUCAGCCAUACUCUCAGAAAACUGCCACCUCACUGCCAAUUCUAGCGUCACUUCUUGACAUCCGCCACAAAAAACUUGGGUUCCUUGAAAGUGACAUGAAACAUGCAGCAAUCGAGGCGCUAGAAAAUCUUUUAGACGAACUCCCCCUUAAGACACACAGAGAAAACAGUGCCGAAGGUAAACCCACCCCAUCGAAACGCCAGAAGCUGGCAUUCAUGAUUGCCAACCCUGCCAAGAAACAGACGGAUGAGCUAAAGUCAUACCUCCUUGAACCACAAGAUGAAGAAGGCGACCCACUCGACUCGUGGAAAGCGAAUGAAAAUCGGUUCCCAAGAAUAGCACUAAUCGCGAAGAAGAUUCUUGCUAUUCCCGCUACAUCCGUCCCAUCUGAGCGUAUCUUAACGGCUGGCAUACUGAUCAACAAGCUACAAACCAGGCUAGCCGCAGAUCUCGUGGACUACAUCAUAUUUUUGAACAAGAACGUUAUGCCAGCAUGCAGUGAUGAGUGCAAGGACAUGUGA